AUGUGUCGGGUUACGACCGCGCUCAGCGUUUUCGUCCCGCUUCACGAGUAUUGCGUGCGCCGUGCGAGACAGAGACAGAUAGAAGUCGAGGCGCGCGGGACGCAGUCGCGCGAAGUCAGUUGCGGUCCGAGCGGCCGAGUCGUCAGUCCCGCCCUCGGUUCUUUCGCGUUUUCGGUCAGUCCUCAGUCAUCCGUUCGUCGUUCGGACGGUGAGGUGUGA